UAAAUAAGUGGGGCAGAUUAGGUAUAGUAGGUAUACAAUAAUUUUAUUUUAAAACAGGUGAACAAGGUGAUAUUUUGAGCGGAACCAUUUGCGACCAAACAGGAUGUCCUCUCUGCGGACAUAAUAAUAAUUAUUAUGGGAUUCUAAUAUAGGUACAUCCAACUCGUGACUAAUUUACCUAGUUAAAAAAAAAAGUGAUUAUCAGUGUUUGAGUGCUGUGUGAAUUAAUUGUACCUGCUCAUAUUCAGCGUUAAUUAGGAAAUAUGACUGAUAUGGAACCACUGAUAACAGUUAAUGACUUGCCUUUGACUUUUGUAGUUAAAUAUUUAGGUAAUUUUCCAGCCAAAGGUCUAUGGGGUAUAAAGCACACAAGAAAACCCGUCGACUCUUUAGUAUCUCAAGCGAAAAAUCUACCACAUGGCAAAAUUCUUCCAAUAGUAUCAGUGGAAGUGUCACAAAGAGGCCUAUCUUUCAAAGAACUUUCUGGUAAACAUCAACAAGACUUUACUGUUGAAGUUAUUUCGUACGGGGUACAAGAUUUAGUUUACACAAGGGUAUUUAGCAUGAUUAUCGUGGCAGAUGAAAGCUUAAAAAGCGCUACUCCAUUUAUAUGUCACAGUUUCGUAUGCGAUUCCAGAGAUCAAGCAAGAAGAAUAACAUACGCUUUGGCAGCAACAUUCCAAGAUUAUGGCAGAAAGGUGAAACAAGAAGCCAAAGAAACUGGUAAACCUCUUAAAAGAUUAGCUAUUGAUUUGAGAACGCCCGAAGAACAAGCGGAAGAUUCUGAUGGGGAAACUGACGCCUGAUUUUAACAAAUUUAAAUAUUAUUUAGGUAUAGAUACACUAAUUACAAUUAAAUAAAAAACAUAGAUAUAAUGAGACUCAAUAUUAUAUAUUAUAUACUCAACAAAAAUUAAAAUUACAGGAAUAAAAAAAAAAUAUUCUAUAAGUAGGUAUGUAUAUGUAUUUUACAUCAACAAGUGCCUGUCGAACCUCAACUCUUGCCUCAAGACCCCAUCAAAUACAGCUUCGGCUUCAAUAAUCUUGAAGUCAGGAUUCUUUUUCAAAAUCCUGCUAUAUUUGCUACGGUUUUCGGGACUGGAAAUUAUGUAGGUUCCUUCUGAGGGAGUUGAAGGGAUUUUUGGUAAGAUUUUUCCACCACAAGACUCAAUUGC